CUCUACCUGACUUCGCCCGCUCUGAGAAAUUCACUCUCACCACCACCGCGCCGCCUCCACUCCCCCCACCCCCGGUCUGAAACCCAAGCUUCCGCUUCUCUCAUGGCCGACGCCACCGCCGCCCUCUCAGCUCGGAGCAAGGUGCAGGCUUUCCUGGAGGCUGCGCGCGCCGGCGACCUCCAAUCCCUCAAGAACCUCGUCGCGGCGCUCGACGAGGACGGCACGGGCGCCGCCUCCGUCGCCGCCGCCGUGCGCGACGCCAACAAGCGCACCGCCCUCCACUUCGCGGCGAUCGGAUGUCGCACCGACGUCUGUGAAUUCCUCAUCGGCGAGCUCGGCCUCCCUGUCGACCCAAAGGACGAUGAUGGCGAAACUCCGCUCAUCCAUGCGACACGCCAGGGCCAUCUGGACACUGUCAAGUAUCUUCUCGACCAUGGAGCUGAUCCUUCGGUGGCCACCAGCCUAGGAGCCACAGCGCUACACCAUGCUGCAGGCAUAGGGAACACGGAACUCAUGAAGCUUCUCCUCUCCAAGGGAGUUGACGUCGAGUCAGAAAGUGAUGCUGGCACUCCCCUUGUGUGGGCUGCUGGUCAUGGCAACCAGGAUGCUGUCAAACUUCUGCUUCAACACAAUGCUAAGCCAAAUACUGAAAACGAUGAUGGUGUCACAGCAUUGUUAUCUGCUGUUGCUGCAGGUUCCCUCCCAUGCUUGGAGGUCCUAAUUGAGGCUGGUGCAAACCCAAAUGUCAAGGCUGGUGGAGCAACCCCAUUGCAUAUUGCUGCAGAUAGUGGAAAUAUAGAAGUCAUCAAAUGUUUGCUUAAAGCUGGAGCUGACCCAAAUACCUGUGAUGAUGAUGAAUUGAAGCCAGUUCAGGUUGCUGCUUGGAGAAAUAACCGUGAAGCUGUUGAACUUCUUUUACCGUUAACAUCCCCAAUUCCAGGUGUUUCAAACUGGAACGUAGAUGGGAUUAUAGAACACAUGCUCCCUAAAGAGUAUGAGGAAAAGUCUCAACUGAAGGAAGCGGCAUCUCUGAAAUCAGGCCUAACACAAACUAUUGAGGUGUCAUCUGAAGCAAAAAAGAGGUCCUUGGAAGCCAAAUCAAGAGGUGAUGAUGCCUUCAGAAGAAAGGACUACCUUGUAGCGGUGGAUGCUUAUACGCAGGCUACAGAGUUGGACCCAACUGAUGCAACAGUGCUCUCAAACAGAAGCCUGUGCUGGCUGCGGGCAGGGCAAGCUGAGCGUGCUCUGGAGGACGCCAAAGCAUGCCGUGCAUUGAGACCAGAUUGGGCGAAAGCCUGCUACAGGGAAGGUGCGGCGCAUCGUCUGUUACAGAGGUUUGAGGAAGCCGCAAACGCCUUCUAUGAGGGGGUGCAGCUUGAGCCGGAGAACACGGAGCUCGUCAACGCAUUCAGGGAGGCCAUCGAAGCCGGGAGGAAGUUCCAUGGCGUCAACACGCCAAACUCAACACAAUGAGACUUUGCUGUUUGGUUGGAUAGGUAGAUGAUGAAGCGGAUGGACAUGAACGUUGUCUUAGUUGGAAGUUGGUGAGAUGAUGAAUGAGAUGAUAAUGAAAUUUGAAAGAGCGAAUUUGCAGAUUUAUUUUGUGUUUUGUGAUUGUUUUCUUAAACUUGUUUUCUUGCGUCGUCCCGGACUCCCGGUCCAUGUGUGCUCUUUCUUGAAUUGCAUUUUAAUCAGUGUUAGGGUCUGGGUGAUUUAGCUGGGAAAGGGAGAAGAUAUGCUAGGGCUAUGGAAAACAGAUCGUGCAUAUGGUGAUGAUGCAAAACGAUGUUUACAGUGUGAAGUUUAAAAUAGGAGAUGUGAAUAAGUAAGCUAUUGGAGACAA